AUACUUAAAAUUGGAAAAUGUACACAGUAUGAUAAUGUGCGUUACUUAUGAAUGUAAUAAUCAAUUUACGACAACUGGAGGCCACUUGACCUCUAAAGGUCGUGCCACUAAAGAACAUAUAGUUUUUAAAUUUCAUAAUAUAUUCUGUGCUAUUAUACGUCUACAACUGUUGGAUUUUGACAUUACUGUAACAUCCAUUUACCUCACUGAAAAGUCUGUAAAAUAGGUAACUUGGAGAAGGUAUUUUCUCAGAACCUGUAGACAAGGGCAGUCGUGUAUACACCACCUUCAAUUAAAUAAUGGGUCAUUCGGAUAAUGCUUCGCUAAAUUUAAAAAACGUAUACAAUAAAUUCAAAGCUUGUGCAAACGGCGAUGACGUUCUGCUCCCUGAGUAUUGUGAAGCAUAUACGGAGGUUUCUAAACUUCUCGUAUACUUCGGAAAUCUUUUUUAUUUCGUGACCAGUGAUGUCAGUCACAAAGUUUCGGAACUCCGUGACUUAUAUGCAGCGGAUAAAACUAAUUAUAAAUCUGUCGAACAAAUGGUUCUUUAUGAGGAAAAGCAGAAUGAACACCUUCCAGUUAAAAAGCGGAAAUGCGUCGGGUCCCGAACGCUUCUUCGUCUUCAUCGGGCUCUUCUCUUUGUCAUUGAUUUAAUGCAGGAAAUUUGCAGAGCACCACCGAAUGAACAAUUGAAGACUAUGGCUCGGUCAGUGUACGACAAAACCCUCGCUCAAUACCAUCCAUGGCCUAUUAGAAAGGCUGUAGGAGUUGCUGUUUAUGCUCUCCCUACACGGGAACAUUUAGUUCAACAUAUCGUCCAAUCUCAACCUCCUGAGAGUGGUUUGCUUACAAAUGAACAAUGUUCGGAGUUCCUCACUUCACAUACUUUACCUGUAAUGCGCAAGGUAUAUAACUGUAUUCAAGCUGUUUUCGAGGAACAUGAUAUGCUAAAUUUGCCAUAGUUAUCUUGAUGUAUACUAUUUCAGAAUUUAAUAUUUUUGUACUUCAAAAACAAUAGUUAUAAAGAUAAGUAUUGCUUAAAAUAAUAAAAAUUACUUAAGUAGCAGUUAUUUUGCUUUCGUUUAAUGUUAUAUUUCCAUAUCCGUAAUUUACGAUACUAUCUCGUUUCCAAUGACGGCAUAUUAGUCUUUAUAAAUUAGUUAAUUAUAACACUUCCUGACAUAUUUAAAAAUCUCCAUCAUUUCUGUGAUGCUUUAACGUUGAUUUAUAUUCCUCUUUUACAUUUUCAAUAGAUUCUGGUUUGUUUUGUAGUCAGUUUUCUUCGAAGCACCAAAAACUACACAGGAAAAAAUGCUGUUUUUCACUUAACUGUAUUUAUUGUAUUAUAUAAGUACAACUGUAACAAAAUAGACAAAGGUGUUCGU